AUGUCUUUCCGGGGUCGUGGCGCUGCUACGGGUGCCAAUCGUGGGGGUAACUUCGGUGGUCGCGGUGAGAUGGGAUCGUUCAUGCACGCUUGUGAGGGUGAGAUGGUUUGCGAAUCGAUCAACCCCAAGAUCCCUUACUUCAACGCACCCAUCUACCUCGAGAACAAGACUCCUAUCGGAAAGGUCGACGAGGUUCUUGGACCCAUCAACCAGGUCUACUUCACCAUCAAGCCCCAGGAAGGAAUUGUCGCGUCUUCGUUCAAGCCUGGUGACAAGGUGUACAUCGGCGGCGACAAGCUCUUGCCUUUGGAGAAGUUCCUCCCCAAGCCCAAGCCCCCGCCGGGUGCUGCGAAGCCCAAGAGAGCCGGUGGUGCGGCCCGUGGUGGCCGCGGUGGCAGAGGAGCUGGUCGUGGUGCUCCCCGGGGUGGCCGCGGUGGUGCUCCCAGAGGUCGCGGAGGUCCUCGUGGAGGCUUCGGAGGUGGCUUCCGCGGAGGUCCCUCUCGUGGUGGCGGUUUUGGCGGACGUGGAGGUGGACGUGGAGGAUUCCGACGUUAG